UGAAGUCAGCCAACAUCUCAGAUGCACACCAAUAUAGCACUGGCUAAUAAUGAUUAGCUUCUUUUUUUGGCCAAAGCCUCCUCUGAGCUUUUAUAUGAAGUUCAUGGUGUUUAUCCAACUGCUUCUGUGUGUUUUUGGUCCUGCAUCACUAGAUUUUCGCCUUCCCCUUUCGCCUUCUUCUGGUUCUAUGUUUAUCCCGUCUGUUUCUUUCUCAGUCUUUUUCUUUCUCUAGAUGGAAGGGCAGUGGAGAGGGGAGAGAAAGAGAGCAAGAGCGAGUCUUCCAACCCCAUAAGACUGGACUCCAUCAGCCAUGCAGCGUCAGAGAUGGAACCACAAGCAUCGCUCCAGUUUUAUGGCAAAAAUGGGACUUUCAUUGGACACUCCCCUAAAACCUUGGACGUGGAUGUCUGCGUCUCUGAUUGGUUGUGAAGCCCGACCGACAACACCUGCUUAACUCCUUCAUCCAAAUUGUCACCCGGGGCUCCGAGAAAUAUAGGCAGCAUCCCCUUCAGCUCAUGCAUUCAGUCGCACAGCUGCCCCAUAAGACACCAAGCUGCAGCUGCGCUGAUCACUGAUCCAAGGUGAACCCUCACACACACACACACACACACACACACACACACACACACUUACACACACACACACUCUCUCACUGCGGGAUCUUUGCUGGGAAUCGAAGCGCACUGUCGGAGACGCAAUGCUGGUUAAACUGGCCGUGGCGCUGCUGCUUUUGUCAGUGUUGGAGCAAGUAGUGGGAUCGGAUAAUAUUGAUAUUCAUGACAGCCCGCCGGAGAAGCCUGCCAGCCAGAAAGGACGCCUCUCCCUGCAGAAUACAGCUGAGAUCCAGCACUGCCUGGUGAGUGCAGGGGAUGUCGGCUGUGGUGUGUUUGAGUGCUUUGAGAAUAACUCCUGCGAGAUACGAGGGCUACAGGAAAUCUGCAUGACGUUCCUGCACAACGCUGGCAAAUUUGACUCUCAGGGGAAAUCCUUCAUCAAAGAUGCUCUGAAGUGUAUGGCACACGGGCUACGGCACAAGUUCAGCUGUAUCAGCAGGAAGUGUGUGUCUAUUAAGGAGAUGGUGUACCAGCUCCAGAGAGAGUGCUACAUCAAACACAACCUGUGCUCGGCUGCGAAGGAGAAUGUGGCCGUCAUGGUGGAGAUGAUCCAUUUCCAAGAUCUCUUUCCUAAAGGUCCAUAUGUGGAGCUGGUGAAUAUCCUCCUGACCUGCGGGGAGGAGGUGAAGGAGGCAUUGACACGAAGUGUGCGGCUACAGUGUGAGCAGAACUGGGGGGCUCUGUGUGACAGCCUGAGCCUCUGCUCCUCCCUCACCCCGUCUCCCUCCAGCGCUGCCGUCGAAUCCCGCCGCCCCGUGCCCUCCCAUCCUGAACCGGAUCACCCUCGCCCCCCGCGGCAAGGCGACAAGGACAAACCCGGUAAGGCGGGCUUCAACGCUCACCCACGCAAUCGCAGUCAGGGGGCACGCCGCCAGAGCCCAGAGGCCGGAGUGGUGGCUGACCAGGAAGACCCCGAGGCCACUGACAUCCGGAGGUCACAGACACAGGCUUUUGACCAUUUCAGGCCAGUCACAUGCUUUCGUUGUGGAAGUGAAGUCUGUGAGCACAUCACACCACAUGCUGGGAUGCACUUAGUGCAAAAAAAAAGGUUAAAUAAAUAAAUAAAUAAAACAUACUCAGAUUUUAUGGCUCCUUUUAGGGUUUUUCACUUUUGUUCCUGAUGUACUUACAGUAAGGUAAUGUUUUUUCCUCCGAGUCAUUUAGAGACUAUUAUAAGCUCCAAGGGUUGGAAUAAUCAGUGAGGCUUUUCUUGCUUUUCUUUUUUUUUUUUUUUUUAUUCUGUUGUGGAAGUUGGGAUUCCUGUGACAUCCCGGCGCGAGACAUAAGCUAAUCCUAUUGAGAAUGUACUGUAUGUGUGUAAAGUGACAAUCUGUUCAGCUCUCUGUCAUUAUGUUUGAUAUGGCUUUUUGUAAUAAUGUAGUGGCUUGAAUGGCUUUUCUUUAUGUGUUCAGAGGAAAAUAAACUAACCACAUUUUCCUGUAUUGUUAGUGCUCCAUCACCACAUUACGUGUUUUCCUCUGUUAAGCACAAGGACUCACUGUUGAAAAUACAGAACAUGGUCUAGAGGUUUGUAACUCACCUGUAAGACAUUGGGCAUACGAUCCUAUGAAUAUCUUUGGACUCAUGAAG